AUGUCAGACAGAAGAGGACAUGUCAGACAGAAGAGGACAUGUCAGACAGAAGAGGACAUGUCAGACACAAGAGGACAUGUCAGACACAAGAGGACAUGUCAGACAGAAGAGGACAUGUCAGACAGAAGAGGACAUGUCAGACAGAAGAGGACAUGUCAGACAGAAGAGGACAUGUCAGACAGAAGAGGACAUGUCAGACACAAGAGGACAUGUCAGACAGAAGAGGACAUGUCAGACACAAGAGGACAUGUCAGACAGAAGAGGACAUGUCAGACAGAAGAGGACAUGUCAGACACAAGAAGACAUGUCAGACAGAAGAGGACAUGUCAGACACAAGAGGACAUGUCAGACAGAAGAGGACAUGUCAGACAGAAGAGGACAUGUCAGACAGAAGAGGACAUGUCAGACAGAAGAGGACAUGUCAGACACAAGAAGACAUGUCAGACAGAAGAGGACAUGUCAGACACAAGAAGACAUGUCAGACAGAAGAGGACAUGUCAGACACAAGAGGACAUGUCAGACAGAAGAGGACAUGUCAGACAGAAGAGGACAUGUCAGACAGAAGAGGACAUGUCAGACAGAAGAGGACAUGUCAGACAGAAGAGGACAUGUCAGACAGAAGAGGACAUGUCAGACACAAGAGGACAUGUCAGACAGAAGAGGACAUGUCAGACAGAAGAGGACAUGUCAGACAGAAGAGGACAUGUCAGACAGAAGAGGACAUGUCAGACAGAAGAGGACAUGUCAGACAGAAGAGGACAUGUCAGACACAAGAGGACAUGUCAGACAGAAGAGGACAUGUCAGACAACAAGAGGACAUGUCAGACACAAGAGGACAUGUCAGACACAAGAGGACAUGUCAGACAGAAGAGGACAUGUCAGACACAAGAGGACAUGUCAGACACAAGAGGACAUGUCAGACAGAAGAGGACAUGUCAGACACAAGAGGACAUGUCAGACACAAGAGGACAUGUCAGACACAAGAGGACAUGUCAGACAGAAGAGGACAUGUCAGACACAAGAGGACAUGUCAGACAGAAGAGGACAUGUCAGACAGAAGAGGACAUGUCAGACACAAGAGGACAUGUCAGACAGAAGAGGACAUGUCAGACACAAGAGGACAUGUCAGACAGAAGAGGACAUGUCAGACACAAGAGGACAUGUCAGACAGAAGAGGACAUGUCAGACACAAGAGGACAUGUCAGACAGAAGAGGACAUGUCAGACACAAGAGGACAUGUCAGACACAAGAGGACAUGUCAGACAGAAGAGGACAUGUCAGACACAAGAGGACAUGUCAGACACAAGAGGACAUGUCAGACAGAAGAGGACAUGUCAGACACAAGAGGACAUGUCAGACACAAGAGGACAUGUCAGACAGAAGAGGACAUGUCAGACAGAAGAGGACAUGUCAGACACAAGAGGACAUGUCAGACACAAGAGGACAUGUCAGACAGAAGAGGACAUGUCAGACACAAGAGGACAUGUCAGACAGAAGAGGACAUGUCAGACACAAGAGGACAUGUCAGACACAAGAGGACAUGUCAGACAGAAGAGGACAUGUCAGACAGAAGAGGACAUGUCAGACACAAGAGGACAUGUCAGACACAAGAGGACAUGUCAGACAGAAGAGGACAUGUCAGACACAAGAGGACAUGUCAGACACAAGAGGACAUGUCAGACACAAGAGGACAUGUCAGACAGAAGAGGACAUGUCAGACAGAAGAGGACAUGUGAGACAGAAGAGGACAUGUCAGACACAAGAGGACAUGUCAGACACAAGAGGACAUGUCAGACAGAAGAGGACAUGUCAGACAGAAGAGGACAUGUCAGACAGAAGAGGACAUGUCAGACACAAGAGGACAUGUCAGACACAAGAGGACAUGUCAGACAGAAGAGGACAUGUCAGACACAAGAGGACAUGUCAGACAGAAGAGGACAUGUCAGACAGAAGAGGACAUGUCAGACACAAGAGGACAUGUCAGACAGAAGAGGACAUGUCAGACAGAAGAGGACAUGUCAGACAGAAGAGGACAUGUCAGACAGAAGAGGACAUGUCAGACAGAAGAGGACAUGUCAGACAGAAGAGGACAUGUCAGACAGAAGAGGACAUGUCAGACAGAAGAGGACAUGUCAGACACAAGAGGACAUGUCAGACACAAGAGGACAUGUCAGACAGAAGAGGACAUGUCAGACAGAAGAGGACAUGUCAGACAGAAGAGGACAUGUCAGACAGAAGAGGACAUGUCAGACAGAAGAGGACAUGUCAGACAGAAGAGGACAUGUCAGACAGAAGAGGACAGAUGGGGGCUGUCCUGUCCAGACCUGCAGGCCGCUCCUCUUGUUCCAGGUGAAGAUGGUCCCUGGGAACCCGCUCAGCGCCAGUAGCAGUUCAUGGAUCAUCCUCACGGCGUCUGUCCCCACAGCAGGGUGUCUGUACAGGGUCUCUGUCCAGGCACGUCCGCUCCUGCCCCCGGGCCUGUUUGUUUGGGGUCCUCUUUCAGAGAUGUCUUCUGCGGUGGAGGACGAGGUGGAGGAGUUCCUGGACCAGAACCCAGACCUCAGACAGUGGGUGGAGUCUUUAAGAGGAACUUGUGAGACGCAGAAGCAGUGGAACGCACGGAGAACCUUUCUACUGCGGAACCUGGACCAGACCAGACCACAGACCUUAUCAGGACAUGUCCCACAGCCUGGACCAGACCUGGACCGGCUCCUGGCCCAGUCCAUGGUCUGGUCAAACCACGUCUUCAUGGGCUGUAGGUAUCCUCAGGCGGUGAUGGACAAAGUGCUGCCGAUGUCUGAAGGGAUCGAGGUCCAAGAUGCGCCUCAGUUCACAACCAGAGACCAGAUCAUGAGGGGAGGGAAGAGAGGCUCGGACCUGGGACCAGAGUCGGGUUCGAAACGGACCAAGACUGAAGAGUCCGGCCCCCAGGCUCAGAAGAGUGGCCCCUCAGCUCAGGCCCCGUACCAGCUACAGCCCUUCUUUAACCGCCUCUACAAGGCCGUGUGCUGGCGCCUGGUCUCGGCCGGGGGACUUGGGGGACCCGCCGGGACCCAAAGUCCUGGACCGAACCUGGACCACUGGGAGGUCCUGAAGCGCUGUGUGGAGUCGUGUAAGGACAGUCUGGGCUGUGUCAUGGUUCCUCUGAAGGAGAUCGCGGGUCUUCCUGCGGGUCGCACCCAAGACGGGCACGUGUGUGAGCUGCGCUGCCAGGGCGUCUACCUCGGGACCGGGUACGGCCGUGACGAGGCGGCGGCCCGGGCCAUGGCGUCCAAAGAGGCGCUGAAGGUUUUCCAGGGACGCAAAGUCCUGGUGAAGAUCUGCAGACGGAAGUUCAGAGGGAGCGAAGUGGAAGACCUGGUGCUUCUGGACGACCAGCCACGGAACCAGGGCUUUCCCCCGGCCCUGAGCCACCCCUUCAGCCCGAGCCAGGACUGUCCCGCCAGAGAGGAGACUGCGUCAUAA